AUGCCGUUAUUCAAGAAAAAAGAGGGUAUUGUUGAAAUGGAAGAGGAUGGUGGAUCGUAUGGAUUUGAUAUUAAUGUUACCCAGUUGGUUGAGCUGAUGGAAUUACAUGGAAAAGAAUUGAUUGACAAAUUAAAUAAUGAUUAUGGAGGAUUAAAUGGUCUCUUACAAAAAUUAAAAGCAAAUUCACAAAAAGGAUUAGAGUCAGAUAAUGAAACGGACUUGGAGGAAAGACGGAAUGUGUUUGGGGAGAAUAAAAUACCGCCGAAACCAAUGAAAAGUUUUCUCAAGUUAUGCUGGGAAGCAUUACACGAUUUAAUGAUAAUUAUUCUGCUUGUCUGUUCCAUUGUGUCUAUCGGACUCUCAUUCUACAAGGCACCAGACGAGAACAACUCCACAAAUAAAAAAGGUGUAGCAAUUUUGAUUGCAGUGCUAGUUGUUGUGACGGUGACGGCCUUCAACGAUUGGAGAAAAGAAAAACAAUUUCGUGGUUUACAAACAAAAAUUGAAAGUGAUCAAUUAUCAAAUGUUGUUCGAGAUGGAAAAGUUCAACAAGUUAAUGUAUUUGACCUUGUUGUGGGAGAUAUGUGCCUUAUUAAAUAUGGUAAAUACAACAAAAAACAACAACACCCUAAGAUUUCUUUUCUAAAGAAACCUACUCAUUGUUUCAAUAGGUGAUUUACUACCCGCCGAUGGAAUACUGGUUCAAUCUAGUGAUGUCCAAAUAGAUGAAUCAUCACUAACGGGUAAGUUGUCGUUGUCCUAGUCGAGACUCCCGGAAAAAAGUCCUGCGAGAGUCCCGCGGGAUUUUUGAUAAACUCCUGCUAGAGUCUCGGUAAAAUCCCGAAAAAUCUAAACAAAAUUGAAAAAUGUCCCACGAGAGUCCCAGCAGAAUCCCGUGACGGGAGUCCCUAUAAAAUCCCACAAGAGUCCCUCAAGACAGCUCAGAAACGUCUUAAAUUAAAUAUUCAACUCUUUUCUGCAUUUUGAGAUCUCUUCGGACUCUAGAAAAUCUAUUCUCAAAAAGUUAUGGCUUAAAACCCCGCUAGCUAUGUUUCGAUUUAUUUUUUGGAAAAGUAUUACUCGGCGUUUUAAUCAUAACUUUUUGAGGUUAUAUUUUCUAGAGUCCAAAGGGAUCUCAAAAUGCAGAAAACAGUUGAAUAUUUAAUUUAAGACGUGUCCGAACUGUCUAUGAUUCCACUAUGUUUUACUCGGACUUUUCGUCGAGAACACGGUGCAAUCAAAUGUUAAUGAUUGCACCGAGCAGACAAUGCUUUUCUUAUGUUAUAAUUUUAAAUUAUAACUUAUAAUCUCUAUCUGAAAAGGAAAAAUCAGUAUGGAUACAGAAGCAGGUAAUAAAUUCAGAAGAUGUACACAGCAAAUUCAGCACUCUGUUCCCUUAUCUAAAUAGGACUCAUUUUCGCUAGUCACAAAGUUACAGUAUCGGAUUUUUGGACAAGUUUUGUUUUGAGACACACCUCUUUCACAUAUUAACU